AUGAACGAAACCCCUCUUCUUCCAGAUGUGUCAGAGCGAGCAGCAUACUUCCCGAACCCCCUGUUCAGCGAUAUCACCCUCAGCUGCGAGGGGCAGUACUUCCCCGCGCAUCGUCCGAUCAUCUAUCCCCAGUCAAGGCACCUCGCUCGGGCCAUUGAUCAAUCAACACUCUAUCCUGAGAUAAACAGGACGAGACGCAUCUACCUCCCACACACCCCGCCCUACCUGCUAAUCAGAGUCCUCGAGUUCCUGUAUAAGGGCGACUACACCGUCAGCAGUGCCACCAUCCUAAGCGCAAUCGACAGCGACCUGCUCCGCGACAACACCGCCGUGACACGCGCCCCAAACACGAACAUCGCCAACCCCGUUGACCGCGACAGGCUGGCGAUCCGCUACGCGGCGUGCUUCCAUGCAAAAGUGUACGCUCAAGCUGAAUACUUCCAGAUUGAGGGUCUCCAAGUCCUCGCAGCGGGCCGCUUCUCGACCGCGCUGUGGUGGCUGCGUCAGGACGAGGGCGGGUUCGCGGCGGCGAUGGCAGAGAUCUACGACCACCGCGCCUGGAACUACGUGCGUCUGCACCAGCGCGCCGUGCCGGAGAUCCUCCACAGUCAGACAAUCUACCGCACGGGCCCUGGGUUCCGAGGCAGGGUUUUGACGCCGCAGUUGCUGGAGCAAGUGCCGUGUCUGGGGCGCGAUCUGGCGUUUGUUGCGAUGGAUGAGGUGGAUCGGCUGCGGCGUCGGUUGGCUUCGGCGGAGCAAGCAUUGAAUGCAGUGGUUAAUCGUGCGGAAGCUCAUGCGCGGGGACAGGAGUCUGACUCUUUGGAUAUGUGA